AUGUUUCACCCGGUUGAGCUACUUAGGCAGCCUGUUACUUUCCCGUUUAGCGGACGAACAGCCAAAAAUAGGUUCUUGAAGAGCGCAAUGUCAGAACGCUUGGCCACUUUCUCGAAUUUUGAUCCCUGUGGUCGGGGACAACCAACAGAGGAACUCGUACGACUGUACGAAACCUGGGCAAAGGGGGAUAUCGGAAUCAUUGUCACUGGUAACAUACAAAUAAAAAAAGAUCAUCUCGAAGCUACAGGGAAUACUAUCAUCGACAGAGAUCUCCCCUCGGUUUAUCUCCGGGAGUGGACGGAGGUGGCGCGAGCCGCCAAGUCACAAGGGAGCUUGGUCAUCGGACAACUUAGCCAUCCAGGGCGUCAGGUUUCCAUUAACAUACAGCCAUAUCCAGAGGCACCAUCUGACGUCGAGCAACCCUCGACUGGAGGCGUUCUCUUCGGGCAACCUACGCCUCUAACAAAAGAUGGCAUCAAGGACAUCGUAAAUCGCUUUGCAUAUGCAGCCUUCGUCCUGCACAGGGCUGGAUUUGAUGGCGUCCAGCUCCACGUCGCUCACGGUUACCUUCUGUCACAAUUUUUAACCAAGACGACAAACAUGCGGACUGAUGAAUAUGGUGGAUCGCUCGUAAAUAGAGCUCAGAUUAUUCUCGAGAUAAUCGCCGCAAUCAGACAAGCGGUCCAGAGCACAUCUUUCAUCAUCUCGGUAAAGCUCAACGCACAGGAUUCUGCCCCCCAGGGGUUCUGUAUCGAGGAAUCGAUCAUGGUUGCCAAACUGCUCGAAAUUGCAGGAGUGGACUUCAUUGAAGUCAGUGGGGGGGUGUACGAACAAAAUAUCCGCAGCUCUCGGGAUAAGCCGUAUACUGUUGAAACCCGAGAAGGGUAUUUCGUCGAAUAUGCAGAGAUUCUCCAAUCCCAUCUAAACCUCUCAAAAGUAGUCGCCACGGGUGGAUUCCAAACAUCGCAGGGCAUGGCCGAUGCUGUCUCGCGAGGGGCCGCGGACAUUAUAGGAUUAGCGAGACCAUUAACCGCAGAACCAUUUUUGGUCAGAGACAUCCUACGAGGGGAGAAGAACAAAGCCAAGGGAGACAAAUUUCCUGAAAGCCCGAUGCUGCGAUUCGUAGCAUCUGCGGCGCAGAUUGCGGAGAUUGGAAAUGGUCAAGAUAUCACUGACUUUGACAAUGCGUUCCACGUUGCUAGAUUCAUCGCCAAAAUGCAGAAGGAAAUUCCUGCUGCCAUAUCGGAAGCACUUUUCUCGUGA